AUGCCUCGCAAAUCAAAGAAAUCUGGCUCCAGGAAGUCCCUGGAGCAGAAACAGAGAAUGCAAGAGAGGAGGCAUCAGGCAAAGGAGAGCGUCAACUCUAUAAAAGGUCCAGAAGAGAGCGUCAACUCUAUAAAAGGUCCAGAAGAGAGCGUCACCUCUAUAAAAGGUCCAAAAGAGAGCGUCAACUCUAUAAAAGGUCCAGAAGAGAGCGUCAACUCUAUAAAAGGUCCAGAAGAGAGCGUCAACUCUAUAAAAGGUCCUAGAAAUAAGAGCAACAACUCUAUAAAAGGUCCAAAAGAGAGCGUCACCUCUAUAAAAGGUCCAAAAGAGAGCGUCACCUCUAUAAAAGGUCCAAAAGAGAGCGUCAACUCUAUAAAAGGUCCUAGAAAUAAGAGCAACAACUCUAUAAAAUGUCCAGAAGAGAGCGUCAACUCUUUAAAAGAAAUUGUAGACAGUAACAUGUCGAGGUACGUUAAAGAUACGGAAAACUUAGAAGAUGCAGAAAGAGUGUUUGAUGCAAGAGGGCCACAAGAAGAUGAAUGGUGUGAACUAUGUCCUGAAACAGAAUUGGACAGACAAGAAUGUACCGCGGCAUUUAAUAUCAAGGGAUUAACUAUUCACAGUGCCCUUGGAAUAUUCAAAUCACUCUCAUUAGACCAUGCUUUGCUUAGUGAAGACAAACUAAACAGUUUGAGGUCAAAGUUAGAAAAUCUACAGAUUAUGAUUAUUGAUGAGAUUUCUAUGGUGAACAAACGGUUGUUAUUCUUUAUUCACGAAAGGCUACGUCAGAUAAAAAAAAUGCCGGAAAGUUGUCCAUUUGGAGGUGUAUCUUUAAUUGCAGUAGGCGAUUUUUAUCAGCUUCCACCAGUGAGAACAAAAACAAUUGACAAACUUUGUGUGAAUGACCCAUCCAAUCCAAUGAAUCAGUUAUGGAAUGAUUUGUUUUCAAUUGUUGAAUUAGACGAAAUAAUGCGUCAACGAGAAGAUCGUUAUUUUGCAGAGCUUUUAAACAGGUUGCGUGUUAAAAACAAGAAUGAGAAGCUGUCAGAGAUUGACAAAAUUACACUUCAGCAACGUAUACAAGAAGGUCCCAAUGAUGUUUUGCACAUCUGUUCAACAAAUGAAGAGAUUAAGGUAUUUAACAACGAAAUGAUAUUAAAAGUAUGUGGAGAGCCAAAACUAAUAGAAGCAGAAGACUACGUAAAGGAUAAAACAUCAGGAAAGCUUACCAGGAGAACUUCUCACUUUACAAAAACUGAUGUAUGUUUGCCGUCCUCUAUUCUUUUAGCCGAGGGAGCAAGGAUUAUGUUGAUUAGAAAUGAAGAUACUCUUGACGGACUUGUAAAUGGCGUGAUGGGUACUGUCAUGUGUAUUAGUUUUGAAUCAAUUUCUUCACUUCCAGAUAUUAUAUUCAUUCAUUUUGAUAAUGAAAGAAUUGGAGUUAAUGCUCAGAUUCAGAGGUUCAUUAAUGAAAGGAGAUGUGUUGGUUUACGUCCUUCAUGUGAGCAGGUACCUGUAAAAAACGGGGUCAGAAAACAAUAUCCACUCCAGUUGGCAUGGGCAUGUACUAUUCACAAAGUUCAAGGGAUGACGGUAAAAGAUUGCGUCGUUGAUUUGAACAAAUGUUUUGCAUAUGGACAAGCAUAUGUUGCUUUAAGCAGAGCAACCUCAAUUGAUGGACUAUAUUUGAAGAACAUUGAUAUAGAAAAGCUGGAAAAAAGAUAUUUUGUGACCCUGAUAUCAUCAAAGGGAUAUCUUCAAUGA